CUGCAAGUUAGCAUAUGAAUUUAAACAAAACUUGUCUCUGCUGGACUGAUUUUAAUAAUCUAGCCAAAUUUGCGGAUGCAGAAACCACUAAUAAUUCUGUGAAAAGAACGGCUCAAGUGUGCUGGCAGGUGACGAGGCAUAAGAAGACUGCUCAGGAAAGGUUUUUUUCUUUACCCCCACCUCUUCAGUUGGCUUUGAUCUGUUCUAUGAGGGUCAGAAGAUGCAAACCUCAUUACCUAACGCUGUUGGAUGUCGACAUUGAUGGACUGGAGGAGAAGCUGGCACAUUGCAGACAGAGCAUAGAGGAGGUGGAUCUUAAACUGCGCAGAGAGAAUCUCAGCCCUGAAGGAAGAAAGUCACUGGAGAGAGAGAGAAACUUACUAAUGACCAAAGCUGACAACUAUGAGAAAGAACUGAGUGUGCUUCGUAAGGAAAAUCGCAAGAAUGCUGCCCUUGCUGUGGCCAUGGGGUUGCUGAUUGCUCUUAUUUACGCCUGCUGGACGAUGUGAUUGCACUCAAGAAUUCUCCCUGCUGACCAAAUGACUCUCCUGCAAGGAGCUCUUCCUCCUCUCACCACCAUGCCUCCCCCAAGGGUGAGGAUCAGCAUUUCAAAUUGCUGUUCUUGUUUAUCCUCUCCAAACCUCAUUGUAGCUUUUUCUCCGAGAAUUGAGGAGGGCAGGAGACAAACCAGAAAUCACAGCACACUUGCAGUUGGAAAUCAGGUCAAGCAGAGCUCAAGGUGGUGCUCUUACCCAAAAUACAGUCAAGACCAUCCAGCCCGAUGCAGGAAGGAAAUACAUUCUCUGUUUUGAAGACGACCUCUGUGGUUGCAGAUGGGUGCUCUCUGCUCAGCCAUAACCCAGCCUUCUUGAUUCCUGGGACAGCCAUAAGCUGAAGGGACACCAGGCUCUUUGAAUCAAAGGGUAACUUGGAUAUUCUUACCUAUAGACUCCACCUGUUCCCAGAGCUGAGAUAAACAAAAAUGUUUCCUCCUCCACACUGACUUACAGGACCAAAGAAAUCCUACCUCCACAAAACCAGAUGGGAGAUAGGUGUAUCUUCUUCUGCAAGCAGGUAGCGUCCAACUUGAGAUCUGGGUGCUCAGGCUUUAAGACAAUCUACCUACCUCUCUGAUGCAUCAGAGCUUUGCCAUUUUGUGCCUCUAAGAAUCAACACUUGCAGAAGAGAAUUUACUAUCAACUCCCAGGGAUGCAAGAGCCUCUGCAGGGCUUUAAAUAAAAUAUUUGACCAUGUAA